AUGCGUUGCCUAAACUACUGCAGCAUUUUGCUCAUAUGUGUACUUUGGUCAAUAAUCGAUGCUCGUCGUCCAUCUCUAUUUGAUGUGCGCAUAGAUUAUUACAAAGUUGAGACCACACAAGAUUUAAUUAUCAAUAAUCCACGACCUCGAUUUUCUUGGAAGAUUCGCGUUUUGGACAAUGUAUCGCAACGAAAUGUUCAACAAACAGUUUAUCAAAUACAAAUUCAAUCGAUAAAAAUAAUUCAACGAGAUAAUCAAUUUGCAUGGGAUAGUAAACGUGUUGUGUCAUCACAAUCAAUCUAUGUACCAUAUACCGGUCAAAAUGAUCUUUUACCAUCAACAUAUUAUCGUUUUCGUGUACGAGUUUGGACAACAAACUCAGAAGAACCAAGUGAAUGGACGAAUUGGAUUCAAUUUCGAACGACUAUUUUCAAUUUACAUGAAUAUUUGACAAAAAACAAUGCUCUUCUUUGGAUUGGAUCAACGAAGAUUAAUAUGAAUGAAUUGAGAAAAGAAUUCAUGGUACCAAAUGUUAGUCCUAUCAAAUCAGCAAUUACUUAUAUUUCUGGAAUUGGCUAUUAUGAAUUCUAUCUAAAUGGUAAUAAAGUAGAUACAAGUCGAAAAUUAGACCCUGGUUGGACAUCCUAUGAAAAACGUACUCUAGUUGCUUCAUUUGAUUUGACAGCAAAUAUCACAGCUGGCAUGAAUGCUGUAGGAGUCAAAUUAGGUAAUGGUUGGUAUAGUCCAGAACAGCAUGGCAAAUCUGGCUAUGGUCCACCUCGUCUUAUUUUCAGCUUGUCUAUCCUGUUUGAGAAUGGUAAUGAAAUGCAAGUUCUUAGUGAUCAGACAUGGACUGGUCGAGAAGGUUCAAUUAAACAUGAUAGUAUUUAUAAUGGUGAAAUGUACGAUAGUCGAAAUGAUCGGCCUAACUGGGCUCGAGUCGGAUUUAACGAUUCUUUCUCAUUAUGGAUCAUGCCGGAAUCAAUGCCAUCACCACUCAAUAGCUCACUCAAUGGCUCGUUGAUUCUUCAGGACAUGUUACCGAUUCGAGCUGGGCCCGAUGCAUUAAAUUUUGAAGUUAUGAUAGAUAGUCAACAACAAAGUUAUUUAAAUCAUGAAGAUAUAGAUGAAAUCAAAGGUGCAAAAUUAACCGAUGGUGGAAUACUCAAACCAGUCGCCAUGUGGAUAUCGGAUUCAGGUCUUCAAACCUUUGAUCUAGGUCAAAAUAUAGCAGGAUGGUGUCGCCUAAGAUUUCGUGGUCCAUCUGGUUUUGGCGUCUAUAUUCGUUAUGGUGAAGCGUUAACUCAACCAGUUGUAUCCACCAAUCAUUCUUCUCGCAAUAUUUACACAGAAAAUCUUAAAGGAGCCGCAGCAUCUGAUACUUAUGUAUUGCAUGGUGAUCCUAUUGGUGAAAUCUAUGAACCGACUUUCACUAUUCAUGGUUUUCGUUAUCUAUCUAUUUUCGAUCCACCGAAUGCAUUGACAGCAGAUGAUGUUGAAUGUCCUUUUGUACAUAGUGAAACAACGCUGAAAGGUCAUUUCGCUACGAGCAAUCCAAUCAUCAAUCAAAUUCAACAUAAUAUUCAAUGGACUCAAUUGAGUAACCUUAUGUCAGUGCCUACUGAUUGUACAGAACGUGAUGAACGUCGAGGAUGGUUGGGUGAUGCAGCAUUAACAGUUGAUGAAGCAUUAUACAAUUUUGAUUUAAUCAAAUUGUAUCAAAACUUUCUCAAUCUAAUAGUUGAUGAUCAACUAGACAAUGGUGAAUUACCUAAUUUUGUGCCAGUUGGUAAUUAUCCAUCUGCGCCAUAUUGGGGUCCUAAUUAUCCACCUGAUCCAAAUUGGGCUUCUGCAUUACCGACAAUAACUUGGAAGAUUUAUCGACACUAUAGUGAUAUUCAAAUACUAAAAGAUUAUUAUGAUCAUAUUAUUGCACAUAUAAAAUAUUUUCAUGGUCUUUACAAUACAACAAGUCUUGCUAAUUUUACUGUUCGAUAUGCUGAUUGGGUUCCACCAUCACCUGAGCCCAUGACGAAUAGAGGUUUAAUUGGAUCAUUUGGUUUUCUUCAUGAUAUCAACCUUUUAAUUGAGAUGUCUCAAGUACUUGGCAAAAAAGAAGAUACUGAUACAUAUUCAAUAUUAUAUCAAAAACUUGCUAAGGAAUUUCACCAAGUUUUUUAUAACACUUCGCAAAACUUUUAUGCGGAUGGAAUGCAAGCAGCACAAAUACUAGCUUUAGCAUUACCCGAUGUUGUACCAGCAAAUGUUCGAGAUGCAGUUCUCAAUCAACUCGUUACUGAUAUUAAUCAAAAAGGCAAGCAUGUCACAACAGGUAUCGUGUCGACAGCUAGAAUUUUUCCAAUCCUUUCUGACAAUGGACAUCAUGAUUUGGCACUUGAAUUGAUAUCAUCAAUAACUUAUCCAUCCUAUGGUUAUAUGUUCAAUAAUCCUUAUGAAAAUGCCACUACUCUAUGGGAAUUUUGGAAUUCGCCAGUGUCGGAACGUGAAGUGAGCUCUCGUAAUCAAGCUAUGUUUGGUAGUGUUGGUGCAUGGUUUUAUUCACAUUUAGCUGGUAUUGAUCUUUCAUCAAAUAUGAUUAAUAUUCGACCUCGAAUGGCUUCUGAAACUAAAAAACAUCUUAUGUCAAAAUUAGAUUGUCAAUUAAGCACAUUAUAUGGUCUCGUUCAUGUUUCUUAUACACGUGAUAAAUGUGAUACUGUUUCUAACUCAAUUUUACUUCGUGUUACUAUACCACCAAAUCGACGAGCUCGUGUUAUGUUUGAACCAUUAUUUGUUGGUGGACAAUGUAAAACAUUGAUCGAAAGUAAUAAAAUUAUUUGGUCAUCGGAUGUCGGUACUGUGAAUGAUCAAGGAUUUGAUAUUGAAAAAGAUUCAACAACAGGUUUGAUGACAGUAUAUACUGGCUCAGGUCAAUAUGAAUUUCAAGCAUUAUGGUAA